UCAUCACAAAAUCAUUAGAGAAAGGACAAGCCAACGCCAUUACCACCACCACCACCACCUCUUCCCAUUUCCAAUCCUUCUCCACGCGACCUCACCACCGACGAAGGCGCAGGAAAAACCCUAAUUCCCUCCCCUCCCAAACCCAAUCUCCCCACCUUCACCUAGGAGCGCUAGGGUUUCGCUCGACAAUGGCGGCGUUGAAGCCCCCCGCUACCUCCGCCACUAGUCUCCCCUUCUCCGCCGCGGCCCCGCCUCCGCCGCCGCUCUCCGCCACCCUCCGCCCCUACUCGGCUAGGGUUUCCGCCUCUCGCCGCCCUCCCGGGACCUCCUUCUUCAAUGGCGGAGUGAAAUCCUUGAAAGUUGUGCUAGUUCAAACAAAAAACUUGGAUAGAUUGAGAUGUGGGGCUCUUCGUACCCAAAUGAACCUAUUUGAUCGACUAGCAAGGGUCGUCAAAUCCUAUGCAAAUGCAGUCAUUAGUUCCUUUGAAGAUCCGGAGAAGAUCUUGGAUCAAACAGUUCUUGAGAUGAAUGAUGACUUGACUAAGAUGCGCCAGGCGACUGCACAGGUAUUGGCUUCUCAGAAGCGCUUGGAGAACAAAUAUAAGGCUGCACAACAAGCUUCUGAUGAUUGGUAUCGCAGAGCACAACUUGCUCUUGAGAAAGGAGAUGAGGAUCUUGCUCGUGAAGCCCUAAAAAGACGUAAAUCUUAUGCUGACAAUGCAAGCUCCUUGAAGGCACAGCUUGAUCAACAGAAGAGUGUGGUGGAUAAUCUUGUCUCUAAUACUCGGCUUUUAGAGAGCAAGAUAGCAGAGGCCAAGUCGAAAAAGGAUACUCUAAAAGCCCGUGCUCAAACAGCCAAGACUGCGACAAAAGUGAGCGAAAUGAUAGGAAAUGUGGAUACAAGUAGUGCUCUUUCAGCAUUUGAGAAGAUGGAGGAAAAGGUUUUAGCGAUGGAAUCGCAAGCUGAGGCCCUUAAUCAGUUAACAACUGACGAUCUCGAAGGGAAGUUUGCAAUGCUCGAGAGCUCAUCAGUGGAUGAUGAUCUUGCGAAAAUGAAAAGAGAAUUAUCAGAAGGCUCUGUGAAAGGAGAACUUCCUGAUGGUAGAACAGCAAUCAGCAGUUCAAAUGCAGCUUUUCCUUUCCGAGACUCUGAGAUCGAGAACGAGCUUAACGAGCUUCGGAGAAAGGCCAAAGAGUAUUAGUUUCAUGUCCUCUGUCUUUUAGGCUAUUUUCUAAAUUGAAAAAAGGGUUUUCCCAAAAUAGCACCUCAGCAAUCACCUUCAGUUAUUGCGAAAGAGCGACCAAAAUUAUGAAUAAACCUCAGUUGCUGAAGAGUACAUUGAUGCAUGAAGAGAUUCUUCUUCUUCUUC